UCAGUUCACUCCAGCUCUUCAGACCAGAGGUAAAUCAUCAGAACAUGAAGAUUUUAUCCGUCCUGCUCCUUCUCUGUCGUGUUUCAUCUGCAGAGAAACACUCCCUGGACUAUUUCCUCUCAGCAGUUUAUGGACUCCCAGGUUUUCCAGAGUUUAUGGCCACAGUAGUGGUUGAUGGAGUGGAAUUAGGAUACUGUGACAGCAACAACAAGACAGCAAAAGUAUAUGACUGGGCAACAGAAAUGAUGAGAAAUACCCCAGACCACCAGAAGUGGGACUCAGAGUUGUGUUUGGAGAAUCAGCACUCCUUUAGAGCUCAUAUUGUGGACAUCAUGCAAAGCUUAAACCAAAGUGGAGGUGCGCACGUUUUACUGAUGAUGAGUGGCUGUGAGUGGGAUGAAGAGACUGGAGAGACUGCUGGUUUUUUGAAAUAUAGUUAUGAUGGAGACGACUUCAUGGCACUGGACCUGAAGGCACUGACAUGGACUGCUCUAAAACCUGAGGCACUCAGGACCAAACUCAUCUGGGAUGCUGACAAACAGAGAAUAAACAACAGAAAAAAAUCCUACCUCCAUGACUGCCCCAUUUGGCUGAAGGAGUAUCUGACCUAUGGGAGAAAGUUUCUGCAGCAAACAGUUCUUCCCUCAGUAUCUUUCAUCGAGAAGUCUCCCUCCUCUUCAGUCAGCUGCUUCGCCACAGGUUUCUACCCUGACAGAGCUGUGAUGUUCUGGAGGAAAGAUGGAGAGGAGCUUUAUGAGGGUGUGGACCACGGAGAGAUCCUCCCAAACAAUGAUGGCACCUUCCAGAUGAGUGCUGACCUGAACCUUUCAUCAGUGAAACUUGAAGACUGGAAGAGAUACGAGUGUGUGUUUCAGCUCUCUGGAGUGGAGGAGGACAUCGUCACCAGACUGGACACAUUGUACAACGUUGUUGUUUGUUACAGUUCUCUUCCUUGGCUUCUUAUAAUAAUGGGAGUUGCUGCAGGACUGCUGCUCCUGUCAGUCUGCAUCGCUGGAUUCAUCGUGUGGAGAAAAAAGAAAAAUGGGUACCAGAAUGUUCAACAUGCGUGAAAUCCUGUUGAAUUUAAAGUCUACAUGUCUGACAUAAUCAGAGGGGAACAGGAUUACACAGAGACCGUGCUGGACUCUAGAGUGGGAGGAGCCAGUAUAAUGUCCCAGCAUCUUAGACAGUCAGCUGGAGGCACCAACUUUAAGAGAUAAUGUUAAAAAGCUGCUGGAAAUAAGGUUGUUUUUAUGGUAGAUUUUAAAUGUUAACCCUUAUUGUUCUAAGCCUAUGAAUCCUCUGUUGGCAGACCAAAUAAGCUCAUUUUACUGUAAAGUAUUUCCACUAGAGGGCGCCAACAUUUGUGGAUCAAAGUUCCUCUAUGAGAGGUCGGUCUUAUUUCACCUGCUAAUUUCCUCCUCAGAUUAAGCAGGUGUGUUAUUGUGCUCGACAAUGACAGAUUAUUGAUGAAACACUGCUCUUAAAGGAAGAGAUUUUUAUGAAAAUGAAUUAGCUGUCUGAAAAGGAAAAACAUUUUACAGUUUUAAUUAUAGCACAAAUAAGGAAUAUAGUAUUAUGGAAGGUCUUUUUAGUUUUUCCUUAAAAUGUCUUCAGUGUUUACUUUUAUUUUAUUUUUUAAAUAUUUUAUGUUGUUUGUUCUUUGGUUUGAUGUUUUUUAUUUGAUUUCUUAUUUUAUCCUUUUCUCAAUCUGAGCUUAGCUUCACUCUGAAAAUACUUUUAAGUCAUUUAAAAACCAGUAAUGUCAUGUGACUGGGUUUAUUGUUUGUCU